CGUUCCCUUUUCAGCCGCAAAACUUUUGAAAAUAAAGCAGUUAUUGUGCCAGUGGGACUUAUAAUCCACACAAAACUUAAAAGAACUCCCAAUUCCAAUCCUGUGUAUUAUUGCUGGGGCAAUACAGUACAAAAUAAUUAUUUGACUGUAUUUAAUACAGAAUCGUAUACGGCGGGCGAAACGUGAAAGUUCAAAACAGAGAAACGGCAAAACAGCUGGGCAAAAUGUAGUGUUAGAAAGCAAGUCAAAGCAAGCUGUGCUGGUAGCCGAGUCAAAGGAAGCCGUGCUGGAAACCGAGUCGAAACAAACUGUGUAAAACUGUAAAACAGACCUCUCUCACUUUCAUUUCGUGUGCGACAUUUUCAGUCAUUCUGGGAAAAUAAAAAUCACAUUUUCAAUAAUCUGAACGUAAUGGCACCCCGCAAAAAUGCUCGUAUUUUGGCGGCCAACCAGGCGUCCUCUGCCGCCCCGCCCUUGGCCCGACGCGCUGCGUUCCUCCGCGCAGUGGAGGCCAUAUCCGUUACCAGGCGCCGCUGGACCACCACCACUGCCAGCCGGCGCCGUGCAAUCCAGAGCGCUGCCAACCAGCCGCCCGCUGAGGACCCUCCCGUUACCAACCUUCGCGGGACCAAUCGCCGCGGUACCAAUCGCCGUGGGACCAACCGCCGCGGGACCAAUCGCCGUGGUACACAACGUGGCACCGGUGGGAGUGCCGUCAUGGAAGCUUUGCCCGCUAGCUUGCCAGUUGCGGUGCCAGAAAAACGAAUGGUCUCUCAAAUUGGCAUACGCCGCCUCCGCAAGGAGAUGGAGAAAAUGACGAGCGAUCCGACGGAGGGGUGCACAGUGGAGUUAGUUGACGACUGUAUCUACGACUGGAAGGCCGUUAUUCUCGGGCCCUCGGACACGCCCUACGAGGGCGGCCACUUUGAACUACGCCUUCAAUUUCCGCAGGCGUACCCGGCUCAACCGCCGUUUUUGAUGUUCCUUACAAAGGUCUACCAUUGCAACGUACACAACCGCGCUAUCUGCGUGGAUAUUCUGCGCUCGACUUGGUCGCCCGCCCUGACCGUGGAGAAGAUACUUUUGUCCAUCCGGUCGCUGCUGUCGGACCCCAACCCCGAUAGCCCCUUGAACUGCGACGCUGCCGAGCUGUACAAGACGGACCGCAAGGAGCACGACCGCAUGGCACGGCUGUGGACCCGCCGCUACGCCCAGCCUUCAGAUGACUGAAUAAUCCCACACUUUCCGAAUUCUUUGGGCACCAUGAGAACAUAAUAACAUAAUAUACAAUUUAUAUUUGACUGAAAUAAAGGCCCGGGCUGUGAGUUGUUUGCCUCACACAAUGAUAACA